GUCAAUAUCACAAUUUUAGGUUAUAUUAUUCUGAAAUAAUGAGUUGUUUUAUAAAUUCAAACCGAUUCAAAUAUUUGGAUAUUCCUGUAAUAAAAAAAUCUUUAUUCUAUUUUCAAACUAAAAAGACUACCAGAUAUAAACCUCUCAGAAAUUUUUGUACACACGAUAAACUCGACGAAAAGGAUAGUUUUAUACCGUUUCUUCAGAGGAUAAAUCUAAAACGUUCAGAAGCUAAACGUAGUAUCGUAGUACAAGUACAAUCACCACAAUCUUUCAAAGAAUUAUGGUCGUUUUGCAAUUCUAUAGGAAACGUUAAAUGUAUGUUGCAUUAUUCAAUCGGUAUUGAACCAAUGCAUUUUAUUAUUGUCGAAUUUGAUAAAGAAACAGACAUCGAGAAUAUAAUGAAGUCUGGUAUUUAUGCAAAUAGGAGUGUAGGAAUGCCAACAAAAUCUCAUUUUUUAUGGUUUAAAGCGCCUAAUAAAAAAAGUUCUAUAUUAAAAGAGAUUAAAAAAUCUAUCCAUUUAUCAACAGAAUUCGGAACUAGGAUAAAAGACGAAGAAGAAAUAAGAAUGACAUUAAUUAAAUCUGUGAACAUUUCAGAUCAGAUAAAGACUUUAUAUGACAUCACUAAAUUAAAUGAUAUUGGAACUCGUUUGAGAUAUUUAACUGCCUUACAAAUAGAAGACUCUUUAAGGGGAAUGUUUCCUCAUGCUAUUGCUUAUCCUUUCGGAUCCAGUGUGAAUGGUUAUGGCAAAAUGGGAUGUGAUCUAGAUCUGUUUUUAAGACUUGCUGAUGAUAAGAUAGACGAAAAUGGUCGAUUAGUUUUCCACUGCAAACCCUUAAACGGAUCGGAUAGAUCGACAACACAGAGAUGCAUGGAAACGAUCGGCGAUAUAAUCCACAACUUUUUACCAGGAUGCGGACAAGUUCGAAGGAUCUUGCAAGCGAGAGUACCGAUAAUUAAGUACCACCAACAAUUAACCGAUGUCGAAUGUGAUAUAUCGAUGUCGAAUAUGUCUGGCGUACACAUGUCGGAUUUUCUAUACAUUAUGGGAGAAUUAGACGAACGCGUACGACCGUUGAUAUUCGCUAUCAGAAAAUGGGCGAAAGCUAAAGGAAUUACGAAUUCUUCUCCUGGUAGAUGGAUUUCUAAUUUUGCUCUAACUUUACUUGUUAUUGCGUUCUUACAAAAUCCCUCCUAUGGAAGACAACCGAUUUUACCAUCUCUGAAUAAACUUACGGAAUUGGCGGGUGCGAACGACCGGUUCCUAUUAGAAGACGGUACAGACGUUUCUUUUUUAAGAGACGUUCGUAAAUACAAACAACAAAACGAAAAUCGCGAUUCUUUGGAACAACUCGUACGACAAUUUUACGAACAUUACGCUCAAUUCGAUUUCGAAAAAAAGGCGGUGUGUUUGAACGAAACGGUAGACGUAUCGAAACCGGAAUUCAGUCCCAUUUAUAUAAUAAAUCCGCUAGAAAGAGGAUUGAAUGUAAGUAAAAACGUUAGUACAGAAGAAGUGAUUCGAUUCCAACGGGAAGUUCGAAACGCCGCUUGGAUUCUAGAAUCGCAAGAAUCCAAAUCAGACGAUUGGGGAUUAUUAUCGUUGUUAUAUGAUAAUUCCUCUAAAAUCGUUAAUCGAACUAAACCUGGACGAUUAGUGGAAGUUCGUAGUUUAUUCGAUAAGGAAGCUGAAAUGGAAAGAAGAGGUCGAAGUAAGGUAAUUAAUAAACGUCGGUAACGUAUUUUUUGAAUAAAUUUUUUUCGAAUUAUUCGUUUUAUUUCGUCCCUUUAUCCAUCCGCCCCUCGUAUUGCAUCUCAUACUUAUACUGCACCAAUUGAUUAGUUAUUUGGUAAUAUCGUACUGCACAGGAAUAUUUUCCGUUUUCUCUUCGCAUCCUACCAAUUGCACUAAUAGAAGAAGAUUUCCGUUUAUCCUGGGUAAGGAUACCCAAGAGUACACAUUCACCCCAAUAGACGGUAUCUUAUUGACUUACUGCUUGAAUAGAAAAAUACUUUUUUCUCGUAUCUUACUAAUUUUGUUAUUUUAAAAAUAUUUCUCGUUUACUUAUUGUAUCCUUUUGACCGCGUUAAUUCAAAAAUAUUUUCUUCUCACCCCUCGUAUCGCAUAACUGCAUCCACAUUGUGUCUCAUAACCAUUUGUCUGCAUAAAUUGAAUAACACAUUCUAUUUGCCCCUUAUUUGGGUUAAUUUAUAUCUAUUUUCAUCAUCUACUGAGUGCGUCAUUCAAAUAUUUUCCAUUUACCACUCUUAAUCUAGAGACAGCGUUUUUGUUUUUAAAUAGUCGUCUAGAUUUACCCUUCAUAUUCUAUAAUUUUCGGUAACUGAAUAUUUCCCUGUUAUAACUUGUUUCUCAAAAUUUUUUGAUAAAUGUAAAAAGGUGGUAGUAAAGAAAAUCGCAAUUAAUGGGUUUAU